CUUAUCUGUUGUUUACGCUAAUAAUCGUGUCUUUGGAGAUAAGGAGCCAGAUAUAUGUGUACACUUUACCGUUGCUAAACGUAAUAAGGUCUAGCAGUAGAAAUUAAAGAACAUCUAAUGGCAUUAUUAAAGUGAGAAAGUGCUGAAAUUUGUGAAGUUUAUUGUGUAAAAACAUGUACAGAUGUCGGGAACUCGAAAUGGUAAUGUCUCUAGACAACUUUUGGGGAGUCCCUAUAUCAGUAGACCUCGCAGUGUCUCCUUUAAUGCGGCGAGAUCACCAGUUGUUGAUGCUAAUAAUGGCGUCACUAUUACUGCCACCCAAGCUAGAACCCAAAGAAGAUCAGUUUGGACGAGUGAGGAACCGACUAGCAAUAUUAGACUCAAAGUGAUUCGAGGGAAAAAUCUGAUGAAAAAGGAUAUAUUUGGUGCAAGUGAUCCUUAUGUUCGUAUUGACCUGAAUACAACAAAUGGAGAUGAAACUAUAGAUUCUGUGCUGACAAAAACCAAAAAGAGGACACUCAAUCCAGAAUGGAAUGAAGAAUUUAUAUUCAGGGUUAAGCCAGCAGAGCACAAACUAGUGUUGCAGGUUUUUGAUGAAAAUAGACUCACUAGGGAUGACUUUUUAGGAAUGGUAGAAUUGUCAUUGAUUAAUUUACCUAGAGAACAACCUGAUAGGACAAUACCAACAGUUAAAUAUGUACUUUUGCCUAGAAGCGCCCGAUCCCGCGUUCGCGGCCACCUGGAGCUCUACCACGCCUACCUACAGGAUUCCAGGGCCCCGCCGCAGGUUGCGCAGCAGAGGAUGGUGCAGGAAUCAGGGACGGCCCCUGAAGACGGCGAAGUGGAUGGGGAACAGGGGAACGGAGGGUCGGGAGAGUGGGAGUUUGUCGGAGGGGAGCCGAGGGUAGAACAGGCGGCGCAGGUGUUCGUAAGAAAUUCAACAGAAUCCCAGACUCCUUUACCAGAUGGUUGGGAAGAACGACAAGAUGCCAAUGGUAGGACAUAUUAUGUUAACCAUAUGGCUAGAACUACACAGUGGGAAAGACCUACAUUAAGUAAUGCAAUAUCUGAGCCUCGUGCGGCGACAGAUAGGGAAGAACAGCGAGAAGUGUUUGGUAGAAGGUAUCACAUCAGUGCUGAAGAUGAUCUCAAUGGGAGUGCAGAUAGUUCUACAAAUGUUAGCCAGCAGUCAGUGGAAGAAGAAGUAGCAGUUCCAGAAAUCCAGGAGCUCACAGACGCGGAUGCUCCCGAUUCUGGCGUUGACGUGACUACCGGCCAAAACAGACACAGCUUAAGGUCUGAAGCAGAUUUAUCGGAAGCUGGGUAUAAUGGAUCUGCAGAAAGCAACGCCAGUAGCAGGAGGAGCUCUUGCGAUGUGCCAGUGUAUCAGUUGCCAGCAGAGUUGUUUGUUGGAUCUGCGCGAGAGAGUGAUGACCAAACAGAUAGUCCGACUGGUACGUCAUCAAGACGAGAUUCUCUCACAUCGGCCAAUGGUAGCACCCCUACUGCUACAUCGGCGAGUCAAGUUCAGCAACAGGAAUCCCUGGAGCGGCUAGACGAAGGCCUCCCAGCAGGUUGGAGCGUCCAACGUGCGCCAAACGGCCGCCUCUUCUUCAUCGACCACAACGAGCGCACCACGUCAUGGGUGGACCCGAGAACGGGUAGGCCGAGUCCGAUGCCCAAUCACAGCAGCUCGGGGGCGGGUUCAGCAGGACCGGGCCAAGGAGUGGGCGGUGCCGGUCAGCAAGGGGCAGGGCCUAACAAUGCUAGGCGGCCGCAGGACGACGACGUGCUGGGACCGUUGCCCGAAGGGUGGGAAGAGCGGGUUCAUACGGAUGGAAGGAUAUUCUUCAUUGAUCAUAAUACUAGAACUACUCAGUGGGAGGAUCCAAGGUUAUCAAAUCCACAAAUUGCUGGUCCAGCGAUACCAUAUUCUAGAGAUUACAAACGAAAGUAUGAAUAUAUGAAAACGCAACUACGAAAACCUACCAAUGUACCAAAUAAGUUUGAGAUAAAAGUAAGGCGAAGAAGUAUACUUGAAGACUCGUACCGAGUGAUAACAACUGUGCCUAGGAUAGAACUGUUAAAGACGAAGUUAUGGAUUGAGUUUGAAGGAGAAGUUGGUUUGGAUUAUGGGGGUCUUGCUAGGGAGUGGUUUUAUUUACUCUCUAAGGAAAUGUUCAAUCCUUAUUAUGGACUCUUUGAGUACUCUGCCAUGGAUAAUUAUACGUUGCAAAUUAAUCCGUUUUCUGGCGUUUGCAAUGAAGAACAUUUGAGUUACUUCAAGUUCAUUGGAAGGGUAGCUGGUAUGGCAGUAUAUCAUGGAAAGCUGUUAGAUGCCUUUUUCAUUCGUCCAUUUUACAAAAUGAUGUUGUCGAAGCCCAUAGACUUAAAGGACAUGGAGUCAGUGGACUCUGAAUACUAUAAAUCUUUGUUGUGGAUUAAAGAAAAUGACCCCUCAGACUUGGGUCUGACUUUUUCGGUAGAUGAAGAAUCUUUUGGCCACACCACCGUGCAUGAGCUAGUUGACGGUGGAGCUGACAUUCCCUUAGAUAAUUCUAAUAAGGACGAUUACAUAAAAUGUAUUAUCCAAUGGAGGUUCGUGGGUAGAGUACAAGAGCAGAUGAAUGCGUUUUUAGAUGGUUUUAGUGAUUUGAUUCCCAUGAAUCUGAUUAAGAUAUUUGACGAGAAUGAGUUGGAGUUGUUGAUGUGCGGUAUUCAACACAUCGAUGUUAAAGACUGGAAAACCAACAGUUUGUAUAAAGGGGACUACCACUCAAAUCAUAUUGUCAUACAGUGGUUUUGGAGGGUGGUAUUGUCGUUUAACAACGAGAUGCGCGCUAGGUUAUUACAGUUUGUGACAGGUACUUCUAGAGUACCUAUGAAUGGUUUUAAGGAAUUGUAUGGCAGUAACGGUCCACAGUUGUUCACCAUUGAGAAAUGGGGUACUACAGAGAAUUUUCCCAGGGCUCACACUUGCUUCAAUCGGCUGGACCUACCGCCAUACGAGAGCUAUAAGCAUCUGAAGGAUAAGUUGAUAAAAGCAAUCGAAGGAUCACAAGGCUUUGCCGGUGUAGAUUAAGGAGAAGUGAGACAAAUUUUAUUGUUAUUGUUGUCUGCACUAUUUUGAUGCUCCAAUCGUCUCAUCUAGCUGCGUUUUCUUUUGGUAAAUGCAGUGUUGUCGAGUACAAAAAGUGUGAGUGGAAUUUCAUUUCAUACUUGUAUGUACAAAGAUAUUUGUCAACAGGUACAAAAUGUACUAUUUUAAGAUUCACUUGGAAAAAGUUUAUAGUUGCUUUGUAAGCAUCACUGUUUUGGUAUGAUACAAUAUACAUAUUCAUUAAAUAAUUCAGAGCGAUAACAUUAAAAAAAUGUAAGGCCAAACAUCACCAAGAAUAAUUUUAAAAAAAGUUGAAUAUGUAUCAACCUAUUAUAAUUCUAGAUCUGGAUAUUUGGGGAGAGGUUAGAAAAAGGUCUAUUUUCCAAAUUUGAUAGUUCCAGUAUUUUCUCUACCCACUCCCCCAUCUAAAUUCGCCAUCGUUCUAUCAUGCGAAAAUUGACGACCUCUGCAAAGAAGCUAUUGCUGCCUGUUGGAUUGUACAUGCAUAAAAAUCAAGCUAUCCCGCAUAUAUUAUAAAUCUAUUAUACACUGUGAUCAAAACAUAACGGCAAUAUUUGUUGAGCAGAAAGUACAACCAUAAAUAAAAUGAAAAGUUCCUAUAAUAAUAGUAUUGUAAAAUGUCCCAUUACCGAGGUAUAGGGUGUCGAAAAUUUCUACGCCACUGAUGAUACUCAUUAAGAACCAAACAUGAAUAUUCUUCAAAUAACGCUGUAGUGUGCUGGAACUUUGACGUACUUUUCUUGAAGAUAGCGAACCUAAUACUAUAGUCCCGCGUCAAAAAAAUUAUCCGAGGUGAAAUGAGAUACCGCGGGGUAAUCUAUGAGAAUUUGUCACACCAAUGUUUCUCUUCUCCGCACUAAUGAGACAUCUACUUUGCAAAGGUUAGUGCUUCAUAGAUGGUGCUGAAGACAAGUAUAUGCUAAUAUAGCUACAGCAUCAUCUAUGAGACACCUUCCAAAAGUAAAUGUCUAAUUAAUUCAGAGAGGAUAAACAUAGCUAUAGCAAAUUCUCAUAGAUGGCGCUUCGUUCUACUGAUCAGUCGCCGUGCGCUGUGCUAUGGAUGUUGUGAUUGUCCGUAGGUGGUAGAUGGUCUCUGACUGUCGAACGCGAAGGUACCAUCCGGCGGUUCUCGUAGGCGGAACCAGAAUGUGUGCAUGUUGCAUGCACACGUGUUCCCUCGCCAGAGUCCGUGUGGCGUCCCCCCCUUUCCCAUGUAUCCCCCUAUAGCCCCACGGUACCCAAUGGCUGCUUAGGCCUUCGUGGUAGUUGUAGUAUAAAAAAAGUAUCUCAAGGAAUAGACUGACAAUAUUUGUCAAGAGAGACAAAAUUAAGUAUCUUAUGUAAAAAUUAAAUCGGUUUAACAAAGUCUCUUUAAGGUCCUCAUAUCAGCCGCGGUACCAUGGCGUUUAGACUUCUGCCUCCGCGGCUGCUUCGAUUGAAAAAAAUGUAAUAGAUAUAUCAGACAAAUCAGUGGCGUAGAAAAUAUUUAUUUUUUUCUCAGUUUGUAGAAGUCAAAUAUACCAGUUUCUACGCAAACGCUGUUAGAGCCAUAAAACUUUUUUCACCACUAACUUGAUAAGUCGCCAUUAUUUACCGUAUAUUUAUAAGAAGUUACGCGAGAUAAAUAAUGAAUGUCUGUAUCCAUUUAGGACUUGUUGGGUACAAUCUUGUCACUUAUUAAACUCCAUUUUUGAAUAUUACUGAAAUUAUAGUUGAAUGUAUUUAUUUACCCCACUAUUUUGAUAACCUGAAAGACCCAUGCAAUCGAUAAAUUGGUAAAUUUGAAAACUUUUUGUGAGUCUUUAUCAUGUAGCGCAGCGUACCUCUUCUACGCACCGUUUUGUGAUCGAGACAGUGCGUAGGCUUUAUUCUGACAGUGUUGACAGACGGUUAGACAAUUCUCAGAUAUUCAUAAUCUAAACAAAUUAAAUUUGAAACUAUAUUAGUAGUAUUAUAGUAGUGAAAAAAAAUCAAUACAUAUUUCGGCGGAGAACGCCAUUAUUGUAGUCGCACAUUAAAGUGCUCGGUCAAUAAUAACAUACUUCGCCAUCAAGGUAUGUAAUGCACCAUCGUUUGUAUUGUUAAUGUUGUUAGUACUGUAUGAAUAAAAUUUUAAACCGUUCAGUGGCGGAUCUAAGAUAUGUGGGACCCUAAGCUCUAUACUUAUAGCAUAGUGGAGAGUGCUAUUGGAACGUCAUAUGAUUUUGGAAACAAACAUUGUAUCUAUUCUGGUUACGAUAUGAGGGCCCCUGAAGCCGUUAUCUUUAUCCGCCUCGGAGAUAUUUUUUUUUUUCAUUUUAUCUAGAUCUCCAAAGGGGGGCAUUUUAGGAUCCAUAUUUACAUAAACUUUUCGUCUUAUUUUUGGAUUUACUUCCUAUCAUGUAUAAACUUGUCAAUGGCACUAAUUUUACCAAAACAAAAUGCUGUGGAACAUAUUCUGUCCAAUUUUCGGAUAAUGUAGCUACUUUUUCCUCAAUAUCUAUGAUAUACAUAUAAUACUGUUAUGGUGUUGUUAUUUCUGUGUAUACAGUGUAAAUAGUAUAAGUUGAUUUUAAGGAUGCAGUAAGGCUAUAUUCUUGAUUUUCGCGCUAUCCACUAAAUAUCUAGCAGCUCGUUGAUUCCAGAUUAUCUUAUUGCCAUUCGUUACAAGUCCAAAAUGCCAUAAGUUUACUACACAUAGUUUACGUUCUCUCUUUCUACUCUCACAAUAUUGUGUUAUCAAUACUUCAUCAUAGUAUCAUAAUUUAAACUAAAAAAUAAAUCUGAUGUUGGAGAAACAAAUAUACAUACAGGUUGUCCCAAAAGCUGUCGAUAUUUAACUCGAUUUUUUUGUUGAUGCAAAAAUUAGUCCUUAUGGUAUGCAGGGUUGUAUGUCGUCAGUUUAUUGGAUAGUUGGAAAGUUUUCGAGCCUGAAAAAUCAGACGUUUUGUGGCUGUCAUAUUGAAAGGAACGAAAUAUGCGUUAAUUACAAUUUCAGUUAUCAAUUGAAUAUGUCACGGGAAUCAAGGAUCGAAAAUGUUAAAAUCAAAAAACCACACGAGGUAGAUAUAUCAAGAGAAGACACUUUGUGAAAGGCCCUUAUGAUCGGCCAGUUGGCCCCAUUCAUCUCUAUUAUAGUAGGGAAGCCCAUCUUAAAUUGUGUUUUAUAUCAUCGCGUACUGAUAUGAUACGUAAGAUUUGACUAGUUUUUAAACUUUCAUAUCUGUGCGCAAUGUAACUUAAACUUUGCGAUCGGCUCUUGGACUGGUUUACAAAAAAAACAGAUCUAUGUCCUUGGCUUGGCGAUUCGCUCAUAGGUGAGUCUGCAUGUACCGAGACGGUGUUGCCAAGCUGCCAUGAAAUAUUUAUAAAGCGCUACAGCAGAAUAGAGUUCAGUUUUUCACAGUCCUAAGAAAUAAAUAAACAUAUCGAUUUAAGGCUAGGGUAUCUAGAUAACUCGCAACUAUGUCAAAUAUACCGACGAUUGGUCAAAUAAGCAAUUUGAGGUUAAACGGGUUUUGAAUGUAGAUACUUCUUUUAUAACUAAAUUCCCCAAAAGUUAGAUAGCUAUUUGAUAACUUACAGGUUUUGAAAAUAGCUCCUCUCGCGAAAAGUGAGAUUUAUAACUUUAAAUGAAAAAUAUAUUUCGCAGGUUGCAAAUGGAUGAUAAAUAUCCCCACCAAUAAAUGUCCAAACCAAAGUAAAUUUGAACAAAAUAUGCUUUUACUACAAUGGAUUCAUCCAAAAUAUCUGGCAGCAUCGCAUUUAUUUCCUACUAAAUGAGAACAGCCGUGUUUAGAUGCCAUCAGCUGAUUUAGGGACGCGAUGUUUUUGGAGUCAUCUCUUGCCUCUCUCUGAUUUUAUUCGCAUUGUCUAUCGGUCUUCUCCUCAUAUAACUACGCUUUGGUUAAACUUUUUGCAGCGCAACUCGUCUGAUUGUUUUGUUUGACAUUGUUAUUCAACGAAGAAGUACACAAGUCCGUUUUUUCUCUCCCGUCUCACUUUUCGCCAUGCCAUAAAAUCAAUGUCGCAAAUUCACUUUUGCUGUGUACUUUAACGUGUUUGUACUUAACGCUUGGCAUAAAAAAUAGAAAGCCUGAAUUAUCUAUUUGAAAUCAAGUAUUUGCUGGAAGGGGCAAUAGCCGAAUAGUUACUUACUAUUAAAUAACAUGUAUAAUACAGCAAAUAUAUGUUAAUGUGAGAGAUGACUGCAAUUAUCAAAAACUCUACAGUUAUUCGAAUUUAAGUUAGACUGAAUCUGGUAGAUACUUGGACAAAACGGAGAUAAUAUUUGAAGCAAUUUUUAUAUGCCGAUGCUGAAAGCUGAUAGAUUUUCUAUUUGAAAAUGUUGAUUAACUUUUUUAUUUAGUACGUUACAAUAGCAUCAAAUGCUUGCACUUCAAAAUCAAAUCAUUUUAUAUGUUGAUUGUAUUUUUAGUUUAUAGAAAAAUGUCCAAAUCACUUGUGAUAUAUAAUCGUAGCAACCCUUUUUUAUUUGAGGUGGGCAGGUAGCCAAAUCUAUUUUCCAUAAUGUGCAAUAAUUAAACAUAUUUGAAAUCGAAUCGAACUGACAUAUUUUUAAGAAAAUGAAUAAAAAACUCCAAGAGAUACUUUCCAAGCAGAAUCGUGGAUUUGAGAGAACAAUAUCCAUAUUUGCAAAAACCAGUGGCGUACAGUUUUAAGCUAAACAUAAAAUCUAAACACAAAGGAUUUCCUUACUCAUGUUGAUAAGGUAUUUUCAUGUAUUGAACCCGCCCCUUCCUAUUUUGCAAGUUUCUUAUAACAUACAAUGUUUUUUAUUUUUCCUAAAAGUUAGUAGAAACAACAUUUUUUGAGGAUAUUUCCUUUUUGUUUUUAUAUGUAAUUUUAUUUAGUUAUAUAUAUAGUGAUAAACAUUUUUCACUUCAAAAAACGUGUUUAUAAAGCAAGUUGAUUCAAAUUUUGGCUACUUGCGCCACUUCUUUCCUUCUAAUUAUGACCAAGAGAUUUUUUAAAGUGUAUUAAUAUAUUUUGUAUAUUUCUACUUAGUAUAAUUUAUAGGGUAUACUUGCUGCAUUUUUUAGUUAUACAUAAUUAUAAUUAUAUUUAUCAUAUAACUGGCCAAAAAUAUUGCAAGCUGAUUGGUUUUAAUAUAAAAAAUGGAUGAAAAACGGUUUAUUCUUUAAUAGUAAUGGCAUACAUGUUAUAAAAUCAUCAAACAAUACAUAUUUUUAUGUGAAUUACUAUAAGCUUUACAUUAUGG